GCGCUGCACUCCGAGCGCACAGACGCUCCGGUGGCGGCCCGGGCUCCCGCGCUGCUCCGGGUCCGCUCGGGCUGCCCGCGUCGCGCUGCUGCUCGCAUUCGGCUGGGACUCCGCCGGGCCCCUCGGCGCCGCGCUCCCCGACCCCGGCCUCUGCGCCCGCGGACCAUGCGCCGGGCACCCCUGGGGGAGCCCAGCCGGGCCGAGAGCCCGCAAAGACCAGGUUCCCGCGCCGGGGCCCCUCCCGGCCGCCCGGCCUGCGGUCCGCGCCCUGGUGCCGCGUGAGCCUGGGGGGCCAUGGAGCGCUCACCGCCCGACGGGCCGCUGAACGCGUCGGGGGCGCUGGCGGGCGAGGCAGCGGCAGGAGGGGCGCGCGGCUUCUCUGCCGCCUGGACCGCGGUGCUGGCGGCGCUCAUGGCGCUGCUUAUCGUGGCCACGGUGCUGGGCAACGCGCUGGUCAUGCUCGCCUUCGUGGCCGACUCGAGCCUCCGCACCCAGAACAACUUCUUUCUGCUCAACCUGGCCAUCUCCGACUUCCUCGUCGGGGCCUUCUGCAUCCCCCUCUACGUGCCCUAUGUGCUGACAGGCCGCUGGCCCUUUGGCCGGGGCCUCUGCAAACUGUGGCUGGUGGCGGAUUACCUGCUCUGUACCUCCUCUGUCUUCAACAUUGUGCUUAUCAGCUAUGACCGCUUCCUGUCUGUCACCCGUGCUGUCUCCUACCGGGCCCAGCAGGGCGACACUCGGCGGGCAGUGCAGAAGAUGGUGCUGGUAUGGGUGCUGGCCUUCCUGCUCUACGGGCCGGCCAUCUUGAGCUGGGAGCACCUGUCGGGCGGCAGCUCCAUCCCCGAGGGCCACUGCUAUGCCGAGUUCUUCUACAACUGGUACUUCCUCAUCACGGCCUCCACGUUGGAGUUCUUCACGCCCUUCCUCAGCGUCACCUUCUUCAACCUCAGCAUCUACCUGAACAUCCAGAGGCGCACCCGGGUCCGGCUGGACGGGGCGCGAGAAGCAGCUGGCCCCGAGCCUCCCCCUGAGGCCCAGGCCUCCCCGCCGGCAGUGCCUGGCUGCUGGGGCUGCUGGCAGAAGGGGCGUGGGGAGGCCAUGCCGCUGCACAGGUACGGGGUUGGGGUCGGCGAGGUGGCCCCUGGCACAGAAGCCGGGGAGGCGGCCCUUGGGGGUGGCAGCGGUGGGGGCGCCGCAGCCUCACCCACCUCCAGCUCAGGCAGCUCCUCUCGGGGUGCUGAGCGGCCGCGCCCGCUCAAGAGGGGCUCCAAGCCGUCGGCGUCGUCAGCGUCGCUGGAGCAGCGCAUGAAGAUGGUGUCUCAGAGCAUCACCCAGCGCUUCCGGCUGUCCCGGGACAAGAAGGUGGCCAAGUCGCUGGCCGUCAUCGUGAGCACCUUCGGGCUCUGCUGGGCGCCCUACACGCUCCUGAUGAUCAUCCGGGCCGCCUGCCACGGCCGCUGCGUCCCCGACUACUGCUUCCGCCGAGCCUUCACCAAGCUGCUCUGCCCCCAGAAGCUGAAGAUCCAGCCCCACAGCUCCCUGGAGCACUGCUGGAAGUGAGCUGGCACCAGGGGUGCCGGGGUAGGGCCUCCCCACUGCACCCUGUUCGAGGCCCUGGUUUCCUGGGCAUCUGGGCCACGCCAUUCCACACCUGGCUGCCCCCCGUGGGUGAGCCACACCCUGUCUCCGGCCCACCCUCACUUAGACCAUCCGACAGCACUGGAAGCAGCUUGGCAGGAUGGCCAGAGGGGCCCUCACUGCGGGCACUACCACCCAAAUCCCAGCUCCGCCCGGGGUCCCAGCCCCGCUGUCCACCCAUGUGGACAGUACGAUGGCCAGCGGUAUCCCCCCUUGCGCAGUUACUGCUUGGUGUUCUUCCCAUAGCAAGCACGUGGCGUGUGCUCUGUGCCUCCUGCCCGGCGGUCAGCCUGCACGUGCAUAUAGCCGCACACACCUGCCCACCUCCCUGCCCCUGAUGAGCCCAGGCCACCAGCUUUGCUCCCCUGCUUGAGCCUUGGGCCCAGCUCCUUCAUCUGUCUGCCCCCCAACCCUCUCAGCCCCCAAAGUGCCAAGUCCCCCGGGAGCCUCGGGCCAUUCUCUGCUUUUCAUUCUGGAUG